AGUGCCAGCCCCCUUGCUAACAGCAAUCUUCUGAUGGAGGAGGAAGAUGAUAUGGACAAUGUGAAAGAGCAUCUUUAUAAAGUUCUUGUAAUAGGCGAAUAUGGAGUAGGCAAGACCUCUAUAAUAAGAAGAUAUACAGAAGGAUAUUUUUCUCCAAACUACAAGCUCACUAUUGGAGUAGACUUUGCCCUCAAGGUCAUUCACUGGGACCCAAAGACCAAGAUUAACCUUCAACUCUGGGAUGUAGCAGGUCAUGAAAGAUUUGGUCACAUGACUAGAGUUUAUUACAAAUAUGCGAUAGCUGCUGUGAUUGUUUUUGAUGUGUCAAGGCCAGCAACAUUUGAAGCAGUAUUUAAGUUCCCAACAUCAGCAAAGGAAGACAAAAAUAUAGAUGAAGCUAUGAGAUUUCUUGUUCAAUCAAUACUGAGUCUUUCUGGUAAGAUACCAAGACCUCUUAUGACCAGGGACUGCAUAUCACUUUCCAGUAGUCGAAGCGGUACUCCAGCAUCAGAAAUAGGUGGCUACAUGGUAGACUACAGCUAUGCAUACCCCACAGAUGAAUCAUACAACCAGGAAUAUAUACCACAGAAAAAGAAAAGCUGCUGCUAGUAUUUAUUUGUUAAGUUUGGCGCGCUCAUAAAGUGAUCUCAAAGGUCUUGAAGGUAUCCCAAUACCUUAUAGAGAAACGAUAAUAUCUAUAUUGUAAAAACUGUAUAUUAUGGUGCAUUAAUAAUAGGUUUAAAUAUGUGCAUAAUAUAUUAGGUGUUUUAGAUUGAGAUCCAUAAAAUAAUUUACAACUUCCAUGCAUGUCUAACAUACCUGUAAGUAUGUACAUGCACUCUUAUGCCUGCAAUUUAUAGAAGUUAUGUUAUGAUGUUUUACCUUUCUCCAUGACUACAACCAUUUCUUUUUACUUUUUAAAUACCAUAUUAUACAGCUAUUUCAAAAAAGGUUGGUGACGGUUUUGUUGCAUGUUGCAUGCUGAAAACCAAGCAAGAAAGGUCACAACAAUAUGAAAUUUAAAGAUGUGAACUUUUCCAUCAAGCUUUCUUUGAAAAAGAUUUCCCAGCUCCAGAAAAAUUUGCUUUAUGAAACACAGUUUACAUCUUUAAUAACUUUCCAAGCAACAAAAUUAUCUUGCUGCAGUUUUGCCAACUCCUACAUUUUAAUGGCUUGUUGUGAAAUUGGUUUUCAUAAAUUAUUCAUGGCCAAUCAUAGAUAUGAGGAAUCGACUGAUUAUUUUUGAUUGACAGCAGCGAAAAAACAGAUUUCAGUGUGCAGCACACCACUGCCAAGUUCGCAGAAGAUUGAAAACUGUAGUAACACUAGCCUUCUCUACAGGCUACUCACUAAGGUUUUUGUUGGUUUUGUUUUUUGUUGCUGUUUGAGAGGGAUGGGUAUCCUGUGGUGAAAACAAGGAAAACUAAAGCAAGCGGGGGAGGGAAAGAAAAGAGUGAGUAGCAUCUCCUCUCUCACUCUUCUUUACCAGUAUAGGAAAAGAGAGAGAAGAGAGAAAAAAGCAGAGGCCUGCGGAGGAGGCUACAGUAACACUAAAAUAAAAAAAUUUCCUAAACUUUAAAUGCACUUAAUUUCUUUUGAAAUAAUUUAUAUUUUAUAUUUGAGUAUACUAAAUUUCAAAUUUAGUAAGCAACAUGCAACAUUUUUUGAAAUGGCUAUAUAUGUCUAGUUUGAUUCAAAUAUUUUUAAUAUUGCUUUUCAUAAUUACUAAACAAUACCAUUUAAGUUUGAAUACACCAUCAGAAUCUCUAAGAUUAGAUAAUAUACUGUGUUACAAUGUAGAUCCAAAUCUUAUUUGUAUUUAUAAUUUUGUAAAAAAUUCUAAAUGAUUUCAAUAAUUUAUUAUUACUGAAAUUAGUAUAUGUAAUAGGACUCCAUGCUGUCCAAAUAAGAAAUAAUUGGACGAGGAAAAUUCCGAGGGCUGACAAAAUUGGUUGAGGCUGUAGGCCGAGUCCAAGUUGGCAGUCAGAGGAAUUUUUCAAGUCUAAUUAUUUCUUGAUUGGGGAGAAUGAAAUCCCAUUACCUAUUAAUUAUAUAGCUGCCUAAUUAAUCCCAUAUCAACAAGACCAGUCCAAUUAAGAAUAUAAUUGGACAGUUACCUAUAUGGGAUUAAUGAGAAGCUGUAUAAUUAUUAUAGUUAGUAAUAAAAAUAAAAAAAUUUUGCAUGUAUGUCCCAGCUCGCGCCAUAUAGCCUGUAGUUAUGACAGGUCUUAGACCAUAAUUAUUGUAGUUGGAAAAUUCAUAUUUUGGGUAAUAAAAAGGCCUCAACCUAG